GCCCAACUUUACUGAGGUCCGCAAUGCCGUCGGCCACAAAUCCAGAACUGCGUUCCCCUUCGCCGACGCCCGCACCACCUAUUGCAGAAACUCCCGGACCCCGCGCGGCGGGCUUGUUGAAGGUCUUCGACGGCGCUGUGAAAUCUACCCUGGACAAGUGUUCGCCCAACAACUUCGCCUCGUGUUUUCCGACUAUUGCAGAGUACAAUCCCGACGCGCUUGAGAGCAUCAGAACCCAAAUCAUUGACCAGCUUGACCGCGCCUGGCGAGCGAACUUUGAGGAGAUUCUAAAGAAGCGCGAUGUGGUGAAGUCCCUCAAUGGGCUGGAUCAAUGCAUAGAAGAUGCGAAGCGGAGAAAGAAAAAGGCGGAAGAAGAUGCAAAUGGUGGCCCAAUUGAAGUUCCCAGGGCACCUCAUACGUUGUCUCCAUCCGAAAUACAUCUCGCACAUCUCAUGCCUUUUCUUGAGCAACAAUCGGCCGCUAUGAAGACGCAGCUCGAUGCGACACAGAAAGCAAAUGCCGAGCUCGUUUCCACUGUGACAUCGCAACGCGCCGAGAUCGAAACUCUAGUUCGGGGACUAGAAAGCGUCAUCCAUGACUUGGAGACAAGCGCGCAAAUAAUGGGCCAGGACGAUGUGCAAGGCCUAGGCGCUGAAAUCAGAGAUCUAGAAACGGAGAUGAGCAAGUGAUCGGGGACACGAGGACCCGGUUCGUGAGUCUCCCGAACAAUUGAACAGCAACGGCUCCUGGCAAGCCCCUGCUUGCAUGGUUUCCGGAUAGCAGCGAAGCGCUGGCGUAGCCUCCACCGGGACAGAAGGGUCGAAUUCCGGCCAAGCUCUGCGCC